CGCUAUUCUCGCGAGACUCGGCGCUCAGGUGGCUGCGCGGCAGGGACCGGGCAGUCUCCAGACUCGGUGGCGCACAGUCUACGGCGGCCGCAGGGGCAAUCUUUAAUCUCGGUUGUGGGUCUGUCAUUUAUCUUUCAGAAUCUUCUAUUCCAAACAUUUAACAAUUAAUCUAAGAAGAUGGCUGCUACAGAGUCCCUAAAUUUACAUAAAAGGACUAUUAUGGGACCUUAUGGAAUCAAUCGAGCUGUUCACCGCAUUACUUUUUCUGACUGUCAAAAUGGAUUAGGGGUUAAAAUUAUUGGAGGUUAUCGGGAGCAAACUGAAGAAGACUAUGGAAUUUUCAUAAAGAAAAUUUUGCCAGGAGGGAUGGCUGCAAUAGAUAGCCGAUUGCUCACUGGAGACCUAAUUUUAGAUGUCAACGGAGAAAACUUAGUUGGUGUAACCAGUGAAAGAGCUGUUGACGUUUUGCGAAUGGCAUCAGCGACUAAUCACAUGUCUUUGCUGAUUACUAGAGAUGAAGAAGCAAAGAAAGAAUUUCUAGAUCUGAUGGAUAAAUAUGGAUCAUGCAGUAACACAGGCUCUGCAAGAUGUUCACCAACACAACUGCUAAGUGGAAAACCUGUUGACAGCCUUUCUUCUGGAUCAUCCUCAAGGUCACAAAGUCCUCAGCUUCUGCGUCCAAAAGAUAUUGUCAUCAGCUACAAUGGAAAUAAUUCUGUUACCACAACAUCCCCGCAACUCACAAAUGAUAGUGCAUUUCAGAUUAUCACUGUUUCCAAGGGAACAGGCCUGGGCUUGAACAUUGUGGGAGGAAUUAACAGAAAUGAAGGUCCCUUGGUAUAUAUUCAAGAAGUUAUCCCUGGAGGUGACUGUCAUAAGGAUGGACGACUGAAGCCUGGAGACCAGCUUGUAUCCAUAAACAAGGAAUCAAUGAUUGGAGUCUCCUAUGAAGAAGCAAAAAGUAUAAUCAACAGAACAAAGCUGAGAUCUGAAUUUGCCUGGGAGAUCGCUUUUAUCAGACAAAGAGUUUUUCCCAGUUACUUUGAAAAUCCUCAAAGUCCUGGCAGUCUCUUGACAUCUGCUGCUGGAUGUGGACAGCAACAGACACGACUCGUGUUUAAUCUUCUUUUACCUCCUAAUGAGAAUCCGGCUUCAAAGGUGUCCACACCCUACACUAUGAAAACGGGAUUCAAGAAAAGAGAACAAUCUCCAAUUACUUCUGCAGACAGCAGCCCUGCUGAUGUGUCUUCUACUGCUGUUGCUUCCAACUGGACUGAAGAUUAUGGACCACAAGAAAGGAAGAUUUCUCUAAACCCCACUGUUCGUCUCAAAGCAGAGAAACUGGAGAUGGCACUAAAUUAUCUUGGGAUUCAGCCCACAGACGAACAGCAGCGAGUCCUAAGGCACCAACUACAGAAAGAUUCUAAAGGAACAGUGUCUUUUGGAGAUUUUGUUCAGGUUGCAAGAAAUCUGUUCUGUUUGCAGUUGGACGAAGCAGGUGGUGGCAAAAGACCUAUAACAUUUGGUGCCAGUGAAAUUGCCAAUUUAUUAGAUUCACAGCUUGUAUCCUGUGAUUCUUUGGAAAUGGAUGAUGUGGAAAGACUUAAAAGAGAAAGAAAUGAAGCUUUAAAAGAAAUAAGUAAAUUGAAGGAAGAAUUGACUGAAUCUGUAGGUCUACGAAAGCAGUUAACAGAGGAGCUACAAACUGUUAAACAAGAAGCCAAGGCAGCAGUGGAAGAGGCAAGAGCCCUGCGAAGUAGGAUUCAUCUUGCAGAAGCUGCACAGAGGCAGGCUCGUGGAAUGGAGAUGGAUUAUGAAGAAAUAAUCCGCCUAUUAGAGGCUGAAAUUACAGAGCUGAAGGCUCAGCUCGCUGAUCAUUCUGGCCAAAAUAAAGAUAGUGUUCAAGAUUUAAGAAAGAGAAUUACUGUGCUUGACUGCCAGCUGCGGAAAUCAGAAUUGGCUAGGAAAACCUUUGAGGUGGCCACUGCAAAACUGCUGCAGUUUGUAGAGGUUGUGCACGAAGUACUAGCAGACAACUCCAUCCCCUUGUCAAAUUUAAGUGACCGAAGAGGCACAUUAUCUACCAAAACACUCCUGGCACGACUGGGGAGGAAUGGACGUACUGUCACAGCAACCCUUGCAGCAGAAGCCAAAGAUCUUACUAAAUCUGUCCGUGCCAUUCUGGAAGUAGAUUGCUUACCUUAUGGAUGGGAAGAAGCUUACACAGCAGAUGGAAUCAAGUACUUUAUCAACCAUGUAACACAGACGACAUCAUGGAUCCAUCCAGUGACCAGUGCACUGAACUUGUCCUGCUCCGAGGAGAAUGAGGAAGACCGCACCAGAGAGCUUCCAGACCCCAAGAGCUGA